AUGGACGGUCAACAGUCAAACAAGUCCCAUAGAGGGCAGACCAACAAGAACACUGCCAAGAAGAAGCUUCAUACACAAGGUUUCAAUGCUAAAGCAUUUGCAGUGGCAGCUCCAAAGAAGCUUGAACGUAUGGCUAGAAGAUCUCAUGAUGUUAAUGAAAGAAAAUUACAUGUUCCAAUGGUGGAUAGAACUCCAGAUGAUGACCCACCUCCAGUUAUUGUCGCUGUUGUUGGUCCUCCAGGUACUGGUAAAACUACAUUGAUUAGAUCAUUAGUUAGACGUUUAACAAAACAUACAUUAAGUGAAAUUAAAGGUCCAAUUACUGUUGUUUCAGGUAAACGUCGUCGUUUAACUUUUAUUGAAGUUGCUAAUGAUAUGAAUUCUAUGAUUGAUGCUGCUAAAAUUGCAGAUUUAGUUUUACUUAUGGUUGAUGGUAAUUUUGGUUUAGAAAUGGAAACUAUGGAAUUUUUAAAUAUUGCUCAACAUCAUGGUAUGCCUAGAGUUCUUGGUGUUACUACACAUUUAGAUUUAUUUAAAUCUCAAGCAACGUUAAGAACUUCAAAAAAAAGAUUAAAAAGUAGAUUUUGGACUGAAGUUUAUUCAGGUGCUAAAUUAUUUUACCUAAGUGGUGUUAUUAAUGGUAGAUACCCAGAUAGAGAAAUCUUAAAUUUAUCAAGAUUUAUAUCAGUUAUGAAAUUUAGACCUUUAAAAUGGAGAAAUGAACAUCCUUACUUAUUGGCUGAUAGAAUUACUGAUCUUACACAUCCAACAUUAAUUGAAGAAAAUAAUAAAUGUGAUAGAAAAGUUGCAGUUUAUGGUUAUUUACAUGGUACUCCUUUACCUCAUGAUAAUGCAAGAAUUCAUAUUGCAGGUGUUGGUGAUUAUACUGUAUCAUCAGUGGAAAAAUUACCAGAUCCUUGUCCAACUCCAUAUUUUGAACAAAAAUUAGAAGAAAUUGAAAGAGAAAAACAAAAACAAGCUAUUGAAAAUGGUGAACCAAUGGCUAAGACAACAAGAAGACGUAAAAGAUUAGAUGAUAAGCAAAAAAUCAUUUAUGCUCCAAUGUCUGAUGUUGGUGGUGUCUUGGUUGAUAAAGAUGCUGUUUAUAUUGAUGUUGGUCAAGCUUCUUUUGUUCCAGGUGAAGAAAAAGGUGUUGGUGAACAAUUAGUUACUGGUUUACAAAGUGUUGAUAAAACAAUUGAUGAAAGAUUCCAAGAUGUUGGUUUACAAAUUUUUUCCAAUGGUGCUAAAACUAAUGGUGAUGAUUAUAAUGAAGAUGAAGAAGAUCAAGAUGAAGAAGAAAGUGAAGAAGAACAAGAACAAGGUAAGAACACUGGUAGAUCAUCAAUGCGUAAUCCAAGAGUCUAUGGUAAACCAUUAAACGAAGAAGAUGAUGCUGAAUUAAAUUCAGAUGCUGAAGAUGAUAAUGAUGAAGGUGAAGAUGCAAGAAGAAAAUUAAUUGAAAUUGAUUUCAACAAUGAUCAAAAUGAAGAUCAAUUUGAAUUAGAAGAAGCUUCAGAAUUAGAUGAUGAUGAAGAAAAUGGUUGGAGAUCUGCUGCUUCAAGAUUACAAGGUUCUGUUCAACGUAAAUGGGAUAUUUCUAAAAUGUUAUACUUGAAUAAUAUUGAACCUGCAGAUGUUAUCAAGAGAUGGAAACAAGAAGAUAUUGAAGAAGAAGAAGAUGAAAGUUCUACUGAAAGUAAUGUUGGUAGCGAUGAAGAAGAAGAUGAUGAUGAUUUCUUCAAGAAAAAGACAGAUUCCAUAGUUGAAUCAAAAGAAGAUAAAUUUAUUCCAGAUUAUCCAAGUAUUGAUGAAUUAAAAGAAAAAUGGAAUGAAGAUACUUUGAAAAAAUUACAAUCAAGAUUCUUUGUAUCAGCCAAGAAAAUCAUUAAUGAUAAUGAUGAAGAAGGUGAAGGUAAUGGUGAAGAUGAUGAAGAAUUAUAUGGUGAUUUCGAAGAUCUUGAAGCUGAAGGUAAUGAAGAAGGAACAUCAAGUAAAAAAUCCAACAACAAUGAUGAUGAUGAUGAUGAUGAUAGUGAAAAUUCAGAUGAAGGUGAUGAUUUUGCAGAUUUUGAAGCUGAAGAAGAAAAAGGUGAUGAAGAAAUAAGUGAAGGUGAAGAAUCUGAAGAAGAAGCUUUUGAUCCAUCAUUAUCCCUGGAUGAAAGACGUGCUUUGAAUGCUAAAAAGAAGGAAAAAUUAAGAUUACAAUUUGAAGCUGAAGAAGGCGGUAAAGAAAUUGGUACUGAAGAUCCAGAAAAUGAAGAAGAUACUUGGUAUGAAAUUCAAAAAGCCAAGAUGGCAAAACAAUUAGAUAUCAAUAAAGCUGAAUUUGAAUCAAUGGAUCCAGCAAUUCGUGCAAGAAUCGAAGGUUAUAGAGCUGGUUCAUAUGUUCGUCUUGUUUUUGAACAAGUUCCACCUGAAUUAAUUGAAAAUUUUAAUCCAAAAUAUCCAUUAGUUUUAGGUGGGUUAUUACCAAGUGAAGAAAGAUUUGGUUAUAUGGAUGCAAGAAUUAGAAGACAUAGAUGGCACAAGAAAAUUUUAAAAUCAAAUGAUCCAUUAAUUUUAUCAUUAGGUUGGAGAAGAUUUCAAACUUUACCAGUUUAUACUACAUCAGAUUCAAGAACAAGAACAAGAAUGUUAAAAUAUACACCAGAACAUACAUAUUGUUCUGCCACAUUUUAUGGUCCUUUAGUUGCACCAAGUACAACAUUCUGUGCGGUGCAAGUUGUUGCUAAUAGUGAUACAACUGGUUCAUUUAGAAUUUCAGCUACAGGUGUUAUUGAUAAAGUUGAUAGUUCAACAGAAAUUGUUAAAAAAUUAAAAUUAGUUGGUUAUCCACAAAGAAUUGAAAGAAAUACUGCUUUCAUUAAAGAUAUGUUUACUUCAUCAUUAGAAGUUGCAAGAUUUGAAGGUGCACAAAUUAAAACAGUUUCAGGUAUUAGAGGUGAAAUUAAACGUGCAAUGAGUAAACCAGAAGGUAAUUUUAGAGCUACAUUUGAAGAUAAAAUUAUUAUGAGUGAUAUUGUUAUCUUAAGAACUUGGUAUCCAGUUGGUGUUAAGAAAUUUUAUAAUCCAGUUACUUCACAUUUAUUAAAUGAUCAAAGUGAAUGGAAAGGUAUGAGAUUAACUGGACAAAUUAGAGCAGCUAAUAAUAUUGAAUUACAAAAUAAUAAUGAUAGUUUAUAUUCAAAGAUUGAAAGACCUGAAAGACAUUUCAAUGGGUUAAAAAUUCCAAAAUCUAUUAAAGCUGAUUUACCUUUUAAAUCUCAAGUUCAUGAAAUGAAACCACAAAAAAAGAAAACUUAUAUGGCUAAGAGAGCUGUUGUCUUGAAUGGUGAAGAAAAGAAAGCAAGAGCAUUAAUGCAAAAAUUAGCUACAAUUAGUAAAGCAAAAGAUGAAAAAAAGAAGGCAACAAAAGAUGAUAAAAGAAAAGAAAGAUUAAAAAAAUUAGCUAAAUUAGAAGAAAUUAAAUCUGAAAAGGAUAAAGAACGUAAAAAGGAUUAUUUUGCAAGAGUUGGUAAGAAAAGAGGUAGUUGUGGUGGUGAUGAUGGUGGUGAUGGUAAAAAACGUCGUUUAUGA